AUGAAAUUACACGAACUACUGCUAGCUUUGGCUUUCGGCGUGGCAUUCGCCCUUCCCAUCGAGGAGUUCGGCCAGGAGCAUAUCUCAACCGAUGAAGAACACGAACCUACCUGGUCGCUGGUUCCCGACGGCAACGGACACCUCCACUUGGUGAAUACCGAUCCCUAUAACCUGGUCGGGCAGGAAGAACCUGAACUUCAUUUCAACGCCGAUAGUGACACCAUCUUCCGGCUGUUCACCCGUGCUAACCGAAACACGGCUGGUCAUGUUAUUCAGCUGGGAAACGCCGGAUCUUUGGGUGGUUUGUGGAGUGGAGGUCGUCAGACCCGACUGAUCAUUCACGGAUGGAACAACAAUGGAGGAUCACCGGUAAAUGUUCAAAUCCGCAACGCAUAUCUUGAUCGGGCAGAUAUCAAUGUCAUCACUGUCGACUGGGGAGCAGGUGCGCAGAAUCCCAAUUACGUGACCGCGCGGAAUCAUAUCAAUGCUGUGGGAGCGACUGUCGGUCGAUUCGUGGAUUUCCUGAAUCUGAGCGGAGGACUGUCGUUCAACAACGUGUACAUUGUGGGCCACAGUUUGGGAGGUCACACCGCCGGUAUUGCUGGCAAACGUGUCACCCGAGGACGGUUGCAUUCCGUAAUCGCUCUGGAUCCAGCUCUGCCGUUGUUCUCGAUCAAUGCACCAAACGAACGUGUCGCUCCAACUGAUGCCAACUACGUCGAGGUCAUCCACACCAAUGGUGGUUUGUUGGGCUUCGAUCUACCGAUUGGACAGGCCGAUUUCUACCCGAACGGUGGUCGUUCCCAGCCUGGCUGUGGAGUUGAUGUAGCUGGAACUUGCGCCCAUAGUCGGGCCUGGGAAUUCUUCGCCGAAUCGGUGCGAACCAAUCCUAGCCGGUUCAAUUCGGUUCGUUGUGCGAACUACGAUCAAAUCUUGAACAACAACUGCGUGUCCAGUGGUGCUAAUAGGAACAUGGGCGGAGAACCGUCGAACAUCGGCAUUGCCAAUGGAGUAUACCAUCUGAUUACGAACGGAGCUAGUCCGUUUGCUCGGGGUUAAAUGCGUUGAGGGCAUUGGUUAUAUCUCAUUUUCAUAUUGAAAACAUUGAUAGUAGGAAUGAA